AAGGAGGGGGGGCAGAGAGGGAGGCGGGGUCUGGGAACUCUGCCCGCGCCCCCAACGCGCCAGUCCCGGGGCUGCAGGGAGCGCAGCGCGCGCCGCCCGGGCCCCGGCCACCGGACGCCCUACCGGACACCACCCUCCUUGGAGCUUGGACAACCGCCCACCACGAUUGCUGCACCAGACACUGCUCCUACAGAGCUGGACACUACAACGAACACUACUUCCCAGCUCCGGACAUUGCUCCCGGCUCCCUUCCCCCGGCCCUGGACGCUAUCUCCCCCCUCCUCUGCCCGGGCCCAGACAGCGAGCCCCCAGCGGGCUCUGGUGAUAGUCCUUUUGCACCUCAGCGCUGGACACUGCCUCCUUCCGGCCCCCUUCUUUCCUCUCGUCACACCUCUUCUCUACCCAGUUCGGGUCGGAGUACCUCCAGUUUCUCAGAUUCCCUGCUGCUCAGGCAACACUGCCUGCGCCCCCAUUCCCAGGCUGCUCGCCCGGAUGCCUCUCCCCGGGGGAUUGUGGUGGCUUCUCUGCUGCCGUCGAGGCUUCACUCUUCUGCACCGGGACUACGGGGACGGCGAGCUUAGCGGGGACGGGGACGAAGACGAGGACGACGAGACCUUUGAGCUAAGGACCCCGAGUCCAGCGGGCGGCGGGAGGGGUUCCCUGGACGUUACUCUGACUCAGCCAACAAGGAAUGGGCCCAUCUCAGACAGACUGCAGGGCUGGGAAGAGACCUGGAGCCUCAUCCCAGACAAGGGACUUCCGGAAGAGGACCCUGACAUCAUUGUGAAAGGUUGGCUGUACCGGGAACCUCGUGGAGGAGGGGCAAGGCCAUGGUUACUCCCACGCAGAGCCUGGUUUGUGCUCACCAGAGAUUCCCUGGACCAGUUCAGCAGCAGCGGGAAGGGGGCAAGGCGACUCGGAAGCCUGGUCCUCACAAGCUUGUGCUCAGUGACUGGGCCGGAGCGUAGGCCCAAGGAGACUGGUCUGUGGUCAGUCACUGUGUCUGGCCGGAAACACAGCAUCCGCCUCUGCUCUCCGCGCCAGGCAGAGGCAGAGCGCUGGGGGGUAGCACUGCGGGAGGUGAUUGCCUCCAAAGCUCCGCUGGAGACCCCUACCCAACUGCUGCUCAGGGACAUCCAGGAGAGCUGUGGAGACCCAGAAGCAGUGGCCCUCAUCUACCGGCGGAACCCAAUCCUGAGGCACACCAGUAGUGCCUUGUAUGCCCCGCUCUUGCCCCUGCCCUAUGAAGUCAGCGCUCCAGGGCGCUGCUCUGUAUCCCCUCUCCAAACCAUCCCUCCACCCCCACCCUCCCGCAGGUCCAGGCUACGCACCCUUACGAGAGGAGGCAGUGAGGCUGUUCCUGGCACUGCAGGCGCUGGAGGGGGCACGGCGCCCAGGGCCCCUGAUGCAGGGUGUGCUCCAGACCUGCCGGGACCUGCCUGCACUCCAGGACGAACUUUUCCUGCAGCUGGCUAAGCAGACCUCAGGUCCUGCAGGUCCCCCUGGGCUCCCUGCCACUCAAGAUCCUGCAACCCUGCGAUACUGGCAGCUUCUCACUUGCAUGAGCUGCACCUUCCGGCCGGGGGGAGCUGUCCGAGGGCACCUCCUAGGGCAUUUGGAAAGGACGGAGCAGGCACUCCCAGACUCAGAACUGGCAGAAUAUGCACGCUUCAUCCGGAAGGCUCUGGGCCGUACACGGGGCCGAGAGCUGGUGCCUUCACUAGCAGAGAUUUCCGCACUGAGCAGAAGGCAGGAGCUGUUGUGUACUGUGCACUGUCCCGGAGCUGGAGCCUGUCCUGUGUCUAUCGACUCCCACACUACAGCGGGAGAGGUGGCUCGAGAGUUGGUGGGCAGGCUAGGUUUGGCCCGGAGCCGGAACGCAUUCGCUUUGUAUGAGCAGCGAGGAGCCCAGGAGCGAGCCCUGGCUGGGGGGACCCUCGUGGCCGACGUGCUCACCAGGUUUGAGAAUUUGACUUCGGAGGAAGCCGGACUGGAGGACUCGCCGGACUGCGGGUGGAGACUGUGUCUUCGUCUUCACGGACCUCUGCACCCAGAAGGGCUAUCUCCAGAGGGUCACGAAUUGCCUUUCCUCUUUGAGCAGGCUCACGCUCUGCUGCUGCGCGGCCGGCCGCCCCCACCCGAGGACACGCUGCGCGCCCUGGCGGCGCUGCGCCUGCAGAGUUUGCACCGGGACUUUUCCCCGCGGGGACCCCUGCCGCUCCUGGACCGCCUGCUGCCACCCCCCAUCCCGCCGCGCGAACAACCGCCGUGCCCUACCCGAAGGCCACCGCCCUCCGCUGCCCUGCUGGCCGGGGCGCUCUGGAGCCCCGGCCUGGCCAAGAGGCGGGCCGAGCGUGCCCGGCGCGGCGGAACCGGCCGCUCUACGGGAAGCACGGCCCAGGUGGGAGGUGGCGGCGCCAGCACGACGGCUGCGGUGCUGGGCGGCUGGAAGCGGCUGCGGGGCAUGGGCCAAGCUGAAGCCAUGGCUGCCUACCUGGCUCUAGCGGCGCAGUGUCCGGGGUUCGGCGCUGCUCGGUAUGACGUUCUGGAGCUGAGCACGGAGCCUGGUGGAGGUGCUCCACAGAAGCUCUGCCUGGGUCUGGGAGCAAAGGCCAUGUCGCUCUCCAGGCCUGGUGAGACAGAACCCAUCCACAGUGUCAGCUAUGGUCAUGUGGCCGCCUGCCAGCUAAUAGGCCCUCACACCUUAGCACUGAGGGUGGGCGACAGCCAGCUCCUCCUGCAGAGUCCCCAGGUGGAAGAGAUCAUGGAGCUGGUGAAUGCCUACUUGGCCAACCCCUCCCCCGAGAGGCCCUGCCGCAGUGGCAGCAGCUCUGGUCCUCCAAGCCAAGACCUGCCGGACACCUCCCCUCCCAGCCAGCACCAAGUUCUGGAAGAGCCCCAGGGACAGUCUGGCUGCUUGAAGCAGCUGCAGGACUAAGCCUGCCAAGAGGUCAGGACUUUUCUUUUGCCUCCAGCCUGAGACCGGACUGCUCUGAGAUUUGAGGCAACCAUGGACCCUUUUUUUGGCCCUGCAGGGACAGGGUACACCCACACCCGAGGGCAGCAAUGGGUGUGGACAGUUUUCUAGUUUGUUUCUUAAUUUAUUUGUAGAAGAAAAAAAAUCGUUAUUUACACAAA